AUGCCUCGCAGCAGCUUGCUGCUCCUCGCCGCCUCGGCGCUCGCGGCUCCCGCAGACGACGGCUCCUCCGCCCGCUGCACCCUCCCCGACGGCUGCCCGCCGGUAAACGGGUCGCAGUGGGUGGGCGUGGUUUCGAGCGGCAGCCUCGGCCCGGUACCCUCGCUGCUGCUGAUCGGCACACGAAAGGGUGGCACCACCUCACUCAGCAAGCAGCUCCUCCUCCACCCGCAUGUCCUCGCUCCGAACUGCGCGUACGACCGCAGCGAGUGGCCCGUGCGCGCGGCGCGAACCACGUGCGUCUGGGACAAGGAGGUGCGCUACUUCUCGCGAGGCGUCGGCGUCGGCCUCGACUUUUGCUGCCUUCUCGGAGCCGUGCGGAUAGGCUCGCCCGACUACCUCGUGAUGCCGCCCGAAAAGAUCGCGCUGAUGGCGCGCAGCCUUCCCGCGCACGCCAGGCUGGUGGCGAUGCUGCGCAACCCGGCGGACCGCUUUUACUCGGCGUACAACAUGGGCAUGAACGAGCGGCUCGGCAACCCUUCGACGCGGGACGAGCAAGCGGCGGCGGCAACCUAG